UUUUCCCCGCAUAAAAAAGUUUCCCAGAUUUACAUGUGCCUUGCAGACGGUGUUGCAGCUCUUCCAUCGGUGUAGACAACGUCAUCUCAGCCCAGCAGACCUCAACUUCCAGGCACGAAAUGAGCAAACGGAAAGAGCUCGGCGACAAGGUCGUCGACAAGGACACCGUUAUGGACGAUGAAAGCGGUGACGACGAGGACUUUGAUGUACUCAACGUAGACUUCGAGUGGUUCGAUCCUCAACCGGAAGUCGACUUUCAUGGGAUCAAGACACUCUUGCAGCAGCUGUUCGACGUAGACGCUCAGAUGUUCGACCUCUCCGCCUUGACAGACCUCAUUCUAUCGCAACCAACACUCGGGUCCACGGUCAAGGUGGAUGGCAAUGAAACCGAUGCAUAUGCCUUCUUGUCGGUACUGAAUCUUCAACAGCACAAGGACAAGCCUUACAUAGGCAAGAUCAUUCAGUACCUGCUAUCCAAAUCCAAGUCGAAACCUGAACUCGCCCCCAUCGUCGAACUUCUAUCUCGACCCAACAUUCCAGAGAUUGGCUUGAUCCUCACAGAACGCCUGAUCAAUGUCCCGUCGGAGGUCGUUCCACCAAUGUACACCAUGCUCCAGGAAGAGAUACAAUGGGCAAUUGAGGAUAAGGAGCCAUACAAUUUCUCGCACUAUCUCAUUCUUUCCAAGACAUACACCGAGGUUGCCUCCAAGCUCGAUGCUGAAGAUGAUCGGCCGAAGAAGAAGAAUAAGGCUGCUGGCGGCUCCUUCGAGACAAUGUUCUUCCAUCCGGAGGACGAGGUUCUGCACCGCCAUGCCAUCUGCCAGGGCGGGUAUGAUUAUUCCACCAAGCAAGAUGACGGACAUUCAGAUUCCAAACGAGCAUUCCAAGAGCUCGGAAUCAAGCCCCAAGGCCAUGCCAUCCUAAUCUCGGCCGACAAAUUCAAGGCCGCCGUUGAGAAUAUUGCGGAGUAUCUCAAGCCUCAAGCAUGAGAGUGAGAGAUAUUUUAUA